AUGUUUGCUCCUGAUAUUGAUGAGAGUAAGACUGAGGUAGUUGCAGUUGACUAUGGAAACUCGAAGAGUUGUGAUACUGCUGGACACACACAGAAUUUAUGUGAUGCUGAAAGUGAAGAGGAAAUGGAGGACGUUAGAUUGGAUGAAAGAAGUAUAGCAUCAACCGCUGAUGAUCCUUCCGGUAACAGUAUCCUGAAAGAAGCCAUUGAUGGUAAUGUUGAUAAUCAUGGUGAAGAAAAAGUUACUGAUGCGCAAGAUGAUGAUAAGUCUUUGAAAGAAGAGAAGGUUGAAGAGAUUGUGCGAAGUUUUGAUAAGCAACUUAACUUGAUUAAGAGUAAAGUGGAAAAUAACACCGUAAUAAUCCACUCGGUAAAUGAAACGCCUGACGAUACGUUUCAAAGAUUACGAUGGGGUCUGCAUGAUAGAACUCUUACACACAAAGAAAUUGUUGAUUCAAUUUUCAAUGUACUUGUUGGUGGGACAUUCGAUAUUGAAUCAAAAUUUAUCAUCGAGGAUUCCAAAAAUAUUAUUCGUCUGUUGCAUCUGUUGGACACAGCUCCACCUAAUUUAGAGGCAGAAGUAUGGAGCGUAUUCAUUGGCGUUGUCAGGAAAAGUGCACGUAAUAUGCAAGCUUGCUCAAGGAUUGGCCUUGUCUUGGAGAUCUUAGAUCGGUUAUCAGACAGCGAUGCAGUUGUCUCGGAUUUGUUAGUACAACUUCUUGGAGUGCUCACUACGUAUAGUAUCUCAGUUAAGGAAACCAAAAGAUUUCUUCUUGCUUUGAAAGCAGUAAAUAGGAAAUGGCGUAAGAACUCGAUCAAACUUUUGGAUGUGCUAGAAGAAAUGCCAAAACGCGAUGGUGCAGAUGUUUUCUUCUCAUUUCCUGGUGUGCAUAAUGCAGGUAUUUCAUUUCCUCCGCUGACCAAGUGGCCUUAUCAGAAUGGCUGGAGUUUUUGUACCUGGUUGAAAAUGGACCCUUUAAAUAGUGUUAAUUUCGAAAAGGAGCGUCCUUACAUUUAUUGUUUUCGAACUACAAAGGGAGUCGGCUACAGUUGUUACAUUAUGGGCAAUUGUUUGGUUAUCAGUUGUAUUAAGACUGUGGGUAAAGAAACAGCACGGUGUAUACGAUUUGAAUUGACACCCAGAAGGUGGCAUCAUGUUACGAUCUCACAUAUUUAUUCUCGUUGGUCGAGGAGUGAAAUCCAGUGUUUCAUAGAUGGCCAGAUGAUUGAAUCUUUCGACGUUCCAUGGUUUGUUUCAACAACAGAACAUUUUGAUAAAUGUAGUAUUGGGUGUGGCCCUGAUGGAGAAGAACCGUUUUGUGGGCAGAUAGCAGCGUUGUAUGUAUUUUCGGAAGCCUUAAGUUCGCAACAGGCUAAUGCAAUUUUUUGUUUGGGACCGUCGUAUCAGAGCCGUUUUCUACAUGAAGCCGAGACUGAUUUGUCUGAUGACUAUAAAAAGUUUAUAUUUGAUGGAAAACUCAGUGCUUCCAUUGUGAUAGCCUAUUCACCAAAGAACUGCGAUGGGCAGCUAUGCCUGCAUUCUGCGUCUAAAACAGCUGCUCCGUAUUUUGUGCAGAUUCCACAUGCCAUUAUGAAAGAGGGCGUUGAAGUGGUAAAAACUUAUUCAAUCCAUAAUUCAUUACAUUCCUUGGGUGGCAUACAGAUGCUUUUACCUCUAUUUUCGCAACUAGACUUUCCUCAGUGUGAUGGAAAUGUUCGAAAAAUUGAUAUUUGCUCGAAAUUACUAUCAGCCAUAUCUUUUCUGCUAAGAACUGCUUCAAAUGCACCCCAGCAACUAUAUCACAGCAGAGCAUUUCUCGUCAUUUCUCAAGCUUUAUAUGAAUCAUCGCCUUCGAACCUUAAUCAGCAUGUACUGGAAAUAUUAAUUGAUAUUUCGAAAUACUUAUUGGCACUUCCUUCGGGAGCACCGUUGUUGAAGCAUCUUUUCGAUUAUAUUCUUUUCAAUCCUGAACUUUGGAGUAGAGCUGAACCUACGAUACAAAUUCAGUUAUAUUAUUUUUUGGCGAGCGAAUUUUUGACAAGCACCAAUUUCAUAUUGAUUUUGCAACGUUGUGCCACUGUAGUUGAAAUACUUCAUGCUAUCAAGUUAUAUUAUUGGGUUGUUAUGCCGCGUUCACCCUCGGUAUACAACGUGAUUAACCGAGAAGGAAGGCCUUCCCGAAGUGAGGUAGUAACUAUACGCGCGCAUAUGUUAACUUUCAUUUCUCGACUGAUUUGUAUGCCAGAUCCAAAGGAGAGUGGUAUUAUGAAUCGAGACGGUGAAUUUAACGCAUUGUUAAAUUUCAUCGCCACCGUAAACGAAGAUGAUAAUCUGUAUGAUGUGUUAGCCCUUACAACACGGUUACUUUCUGAAAAACCGGCAGCAAUGGUACCGGCAUUCGAUCGAAAGAAGGGCCUUGCAGUUGUGUUUAAAUUGAUCAAUUCUGCCAAUGAACUUGUUCGUAUACCGGCUUUAAAGAUGUUUGGUUACUUCUUGUGUCGCUCAACACUCAAGCGAAAGACGGAUUCAGUAAGCAGUCUUAAUUUAUUAUCCCUUGUAACUGAUCGGUUAUUGUUGAACACGAGUCAUCUUACUUUGGCAACAUACAAUGUGUUAUUUGAAAUACUUACUGAACAAAUGACACCAACAAUAAAUUAUUUGGUUCAUGUAUCGAUCAGCGAUGUAAUGAGAUUUGAAAAUCCUGCAAUGUUAAAAGUUAUUACCAAUCUGAUAGCACAAAGUGAGAAUAAUUUAGAAUUAAUGAAGGUGAAGCGAAUUUUCUUGGAAGAUUUGCUGCUUAUGUGCGAAAACUCUCGAGAUAAUCGGCGUACAAUUUUGCAAAUGAGCGUAUGGCAAGAAUGGCUUAUUUCAUUGGCUUCCAUUUUUCCGAAAAAUGAAGCUGAAGUAGCAAUUAGUGAACUCGUUUAUCGCGUCUUUGCACAGCUUCUCUUUCACGCCAUUUAUUUAGAAUAUGGAGGUUGGAGAGUUUGGGUCGAUACCCUUGCUAUUGCUCACUCAAAGGUAUCAUGGGAACGUAAUCAGGCAAAUUUUUAUAGAGGCGGUGAACGCGAAACGGACGUUAUAUUCUAUUUAGUUCAAAGUCUUGUUUCAUCUGUGGCUUACACAGUAGAUGGACUUGUAGAUGAAGUGGAAAGAAAAGAUGAAUCGAAAAUACCAGCUGAUCGGCCAAGUUCUAUCUACCGUACUCCGGAGUUUUGCUGGUCAGAUGUGCACUUGAGACUUCUUGACGAUCUGCUUGUUUCAAUCGAAAAUACUGUGGAAGAGUGGAAGAAGGGCACAGCAGCAAUACUGGAUGUUGUGAAUAACAGUGAAAAUAGUAUAUUUGUUGCUAACUGUGUUCACGUCUUAUCCCAGCUAAUCGAUUCAUUGGUAAUGGCCUGUGGUGGACUUCUUCCUCUUCUGGCUGCUGCUACAUCUCCUAAUAGUGAACUAGAAAUAAUGGAUUCGACAGGUCAGGCAUUGACUAUAGGCAGUGCCGCUCGUUUGUUGGCACGUUUUAUCGUUCUGGCUGAUGUUUUUGUCUUUGCAUCUGGGAUAAGUUUCAAUGAUCUUGAACAAGAAAAGAAUAUGCCGAAUGGUGGCAUAUUACGGCAAACAUUACGCCUCGUGUCAACAAUUGCUGUGCGGAAUAUACUUGCUUGUCGUGUAAAAACUUCCUUUGGCAAAAUGUUGUGUAUGGAUACUAAACAAGUGCGGCGUGCGCAGCAAAUCGCAGAAUUUGUGUCGGAUGUAUUGGACGUAAGAGGCAAAGAGGGAAUUAUGGAUCCGGAACAUUUGGUGCAGGAAGUUGAUUUACAGCGUCUCAGAGGGGUAAUCUAUCGAGAUAUGGAAGAGAAUCGACAAGCGCAGUUCCUGGCUCUUGCGGUCACUUACUUGUUAUCAGUGCUGAUGGUAUCUCGGUACAGAGAUAUUUUAGAACCACCAUCUACUCCUAGUCCUUUUUUUGAUACAACUAUAACUGGCGGUACAAACAAAGACCAUGGUAGUGGUUUGAGACAAGCGGACGAAGAAUCGUAUGUUGAGAAGAAUGGAGAAUUGUCUGAUCGUGGAGAUAGCACUGUAGGUAAAAAUGUUUUUAUCGCGGAAAAAUUGUCAGUAUCACCAGAGGAACACAAGAAAAAGGAACUGCAGAGUAACGUCUAUCGGCAGGAUCAUCUGGAUGCAUUUAAUGAUAGCAGCCUUGCUAAUCGUGAGUUAGAAACGGGUGAACGACAAGCGUAUCUCACAACCAAAUUACAAAAAGCCUUAGAAACAACCGCUCCAUUAUUGCGGGAAAUACUCACCGAUUUUCGUCCAUAUCUUCAAAAAACACUGUUAGGUACACACGGACAGGAAAUCAUGAAUGAUACCAAAGUGAUGGAAACAAUGAAGAAUCAGGCAGGAUCAGUAAUCGAACUAGUCAUGCUCUUAUGUUCGCAAGAGUGGCAGACUUCUUUACAGAAACAUGCCGGACUGGCUUUCAUUGAGCUUGUAAACGAAGGUCGUUUGAUGGCACACGCAACGCGAGAUCAUAUCUUGCGAGUUGCUAAUGAAGCUGAUUUUAUAUUGAAUCGUCUGCGAGCUGAGGAUAUCAGUAAGCACGCUCAAUUUGAGAGUGAUGCAGUUGAACAGAUGCAUCGACGUCGAAAAGAAGAACAAGUGAAUGACCAUUUGAUUACGGCGAAUCGACGAAGAAAUUUGCUUGUAUCAGCACGCUUGUUGGAUAGGUUAACGUCAUUGCUAUCAUAUCCCGGCGGUGCGUGGAAUGAUCCAGAACAAUACUUAGAAACUUUCUGGAAAUUGGAUGUUUGGGAAGACGAUUCAAGGCGACGUAAACGUUUCGUGCAAAAUCCCUACGGCUGCCAUCAUUCAGCAGCUUGUCUCAAAACUAUGUUGGAAAACAAAUUAUCUGAUAAAGAGGUUGAUAAAGCUCGUGAAGAUCUAUUACGCGAUUUAGUAGCACAACGUCUAGUUUCCAUAGGAUCGCUGAAAGCUGGUACUGCUUUAGGUGAGCUUGUCGAUGAAACUGGUUUCGAAAAAUGGGCCACUGAACCUGACGCUGCAAUCGAUUUGCAAAGAGCGCUGAUGAAUUGGUCUGAUGCAAGUUUAAUGGUCUUUAUGAAAGGGUUUAUGAAGAAAACAACUUACGGAACUACAGCAAAGUUAAUUGCGCCAGGCAUUGUUAUACCAGGAAUCCUUUCCAUAACGAAUUAUGAACUGUUUUUUGAUGCUGACGAGAAUGAUCCGCUAUACAAGGAGCAAGAUCCUAAGGUGUCUGAUUUAUACAAUCAGCUAAGUUAA